CACAGCUAGCGAACUACGUCCUGCAACAACCAUCAUCAUCCUCAUCAUCGACACACGACACCUUCCCAGCCAGCUUCACCGCGCUCAACCAUCAUCGUCACCAUGGGGAACAACCCCUCGCGCACGACUCACCACCACCACCACACGCAGCAAUCCGCCUCAUCCAGUGCGUCAGCGUCCCCGCCAACCCGCAGCGCAACCACCACCGCCUCCAGCCGCCGCCCCAGCUACCGCCGCAACUCACUGCAGUCCCCAGCAUCAACUAAAUACGGCGUUGCGACCUCGCAAGAAUUCCUUACGCCGGCACGCCCGCAGCCGCCGUCCUCACACGACCACCACGGCCACCACGGCGGCGGCAGCCAGCACCACAGCCGCUACCACACGCCGCCGCCCGGCCCGCAGCGCCGCGAGAGCAUCGCGACCGCGAUCCCCGAAGGCGCGGGCUACCACGCCUUUCCCACGCGGACCCGCGAGGAGCUCAUCGAGGAUGCCGCCACCCUGCGGUUAUUCCCGAACCCGCCCAUCGGCGUCAACGUGCAGCCCGCUUCGCCGUCCCCGUUCUUGCCAAAUGCGAAUCCGUUCGCGCCGAAUGUGAAUCCGUUCGCGGCGCCGGCUGGGAACACCGCGGGAAGGCAUGAGAUGCCGCUCGCCCCGGGCAUGCGCCAGGGCAGGGGCAGCAUGGAGUCCACGGCUGCCUCGCUCGAGGAGGAGGCGCUGGCCUCGCAGGAGUGUGAUGAUGCUAGGGCUGUUCCGACGCUGAUCCAGUGGCCGUAUCCGGGCACGAAGGUCUAUGUCACCGGUACUUUCUGUGCGUGGGAGAAGAGGUAUCGCUUGACUAGGAAUCUGGACGAUAACAUCAUGUCCGCGGUCGUCGCGAUCCCGCCCGGAACGCAUCACGUAAAAUUCCUAGUCGACGGUGAGAUGCGAACGUCACACUCACUGCCCACCGCCGUCGACGAUACUGGAAUCCUCGUCAACUAUCUCGAGGUUUCCGCCGACGACAUGCCGCCUCUGAACCGACAGCUCUCGACCGACAGUGCCGGAGGCGCACCACCCACGCCUUCGGACCGCAUCCCGUCCGUCGUUCCCACUGAGGCCCCGUUACGAUACACCACCGAGAUCCCGGCGUAUCUGAAGGAGUUCUCCGAUGCUUACGAGGAGGACCCCCGUGGUGGUGGGUAUGCCGAUGGUGCGCCGCCGCCGCCAAGCUUGCCUAUGAUGCUGCAGAAGGUCAUCCUUAAUACUGGUAAUACCAUGAAGGACGAUGCGAGCGUGCUUGGCAUCCCAAACCAUGCGGUACUCAAUCACUUGGCCACCAGUUCGAUUAAGAAUUCGAUACUAGCUGUGUCGGCGACUACGAGGUACAAAAAGAAGUAUGUUACAACGAUCCUGUACAAGGCUGCGUCUGCACAGGAGGAUUAGCUCCAGACUGCCUGCUUAGGUGUUGUUGUGAGGAUGGUUGACUGCAUCGAUUGGGAUUUCCGUUAGCAUAGCGUUUGAUUCUCGAUGAAUGCUUCUUCGUUUGGCAACAUUGUGUAUUUUGGCCGAUGUACAGUGCAAACUAAGACCGCAUCCUCUUCGCGGACCUAUCCCCCGUCUCAGCCUCCGCCGCUCUCUUCUUCUCAUUAACCCUCCUCUCCAGCUCCUUGUAUGUCGCCUGCAGAAUCCUCUUCUCCCCUAGCCUAACCUCGACCGCAUCCCUCUCCCUCCCCGUGAUCUCCGUCUCCAGCAACCUCUCA